ACCUCACUGUUUACUUCCUGUGUGAAAGGUUAAACUCGUCCUCCGAGGUUCGUUUGGCGUGCAGUGUUUAUUUUUUUUCCGUAAAUAGAAGUUUAUUCAAAAUAAAUGACUAAUAAUUAGCUGAAGUUUCGGAUUGAAAUAUGUCGUCUGAUGAACUAAUCGGACCUGCCCUGCCGCCCAUGUUCGGAGAGGAGCAGAGCGAUGAAGACUCUGACCAUGAAAGAGGAUGUAAGUGACAUAAAUGAUCCGUUUCAGAUCUCAAAAAUGGUCAAACUGUUACAGCAGGAACAUUUUUUAUCAGGUUUUUACUCCAGGGAUAUUAAACUUGUUCAUUGUGUCUCCUCUGGUAGUCCUCGGUCCUGCUCUGCCCCCUGGUUAUAAACGGGGAGGACCGUCCAGUUCCUCGGAUGAGAGCGACCAGGAGGUGUCUGUGAAAAGAGCAAAAACUGGACACACAGCAACAGAAGCGUGGGUGCAGAGUUAAACUAUUAAAUUUAAAGAUGAAUUUCACAACAAGUAAACUAAAAACAUUUGAAUUUUGAACAGAUUCGAAAAGACAAAGUCUCAAGAAGAAGAAGAAGAAGAUGAUGGUUUCUUUGGACCGGCCCUGCCACCAGGAUUUAAGAAACAACAAAGUUCACCAGAAAGGUCAUAAAAUAAGGUUUACAAUGGAUGUGUGACGAAGUAUCUUAAUUGUGGAUCAUGUAACCUAAAGUUGUUCCCACAGGCCACCGGUGCUGGGACCAGCUUUGCCCCCUGGGUUUCGCAGAGCGGCAUACGAUGAUGACAACGAUGAUGACAACGAUGAAGAUGCCCCGGGGCCUGCAUUACCACCAGACUACAAGGCUGAGCCCUCCAGCAGUGAAGAGGAGGAUGAAGAUGUGAUUGGACCCAUGCCAUCCAAAGGACCUAUUCAAGACUCUGUGGCGCUGGACUUUGAGCGUAGAGCACAAAGGAUGAAGGAGAAGCUGACAGGAGCUGUGAGUCCUCAGUUUUCUCCACCAAAGGCUUAUCAGUGUUUUCUCUAAUGAUUGUAACUAAUUUAAAUGAUCAUGUCUAAAUAUUUUUUGUCUACACUAUCUCACUUCAUGUAAACAGGAUGCCCCUGAGGUGCUGGCCAGAGAAUCGUGGAUGACAGAGCUCCCACCAGAACUACAGCAUAUUGGCUUGGGGGCUCGAACUUUCAAGAAGAGAUCGGGUCCGGAGAACAAAGAUCGCUCCAUUUGGACGGAUACACCAGCAGACAGGGAGCGCAAGGCCAGGGUAAGUAAUAAUAAUAAUAAUGAUAAUAACUUCAUUUGUAUAGCACUUUUAAAAACAGAAGUUUACGAAGUGCUUUGACAUAUAGUCAUAGAGACAGAAAAAAAAAAAAAAGCUAGAUUAAAACAGAAUUGAAGGCCAUUUUUAUGUUACAAGGAACCCAGACAAUACAAGAACCAUGCAACAUAAAAUAAGACCAUAAGGACCAAAAUAAAAAUAAAAUAGGUAAGAAAAAAGGAAAAUGCAAUUAAAAGGGGGGUGGGGUGGGGGGUCGAAUUGGAAACAGGAUAGUAAAUAUAAAAGCUGAUAUCGACAAUGAUAAUAAAAUAAAGACAGGAAAAACAGGUAAUCCUGAUGAUAAUAGUAAUGAUAAAGUAGAGAAGCAGAAAUGACCAAGAGAUAAAACAAUAAAAGGCCUAAAAGGUUCAUUAAGAAAACAGUACAAGUAUAACAAAAGCUAAAAUGACAGUAAAAUCGAAAUAAGAUAGAGGUAAAAGAGAUAAGAGAUGACAGAUAAGACAUAAAGAUAAAAGACAGCAUCACAUAAAAGCAAGUCUGUAAAAGUGAGUUUUUAAAUUUGACUUAAACGAAGUGACUGUCUCUGCACACCUUAUCUCCUCCAGCAGGCCAUUCCAAAGUUGAGGAGCUCUGAUGGAGAAAAUUCUAUCCCCUUUACUUUUGAGCCUCGACUUUGGAACGACCAGGAGGCCAGAGGAUCUGAGGCUGCGAGUUGGCUCAUGUGGUAUUAAAAGCUCUGAAAUGUAGCUCAGAGCUUAGUGAAGGGAGGCUAAAAUUGGAGUGAUGUGAUGCCGUCUACUAAAACCAGUUAGAAGCCGAGCUGCUGCAUUCUGAACGAGUUGGAGGCGGGAAUGACAAAUGUGAUAACAUAUUAGAUACAUUUUUUUUGAUUAUAUAUAGCUGUAUCUUUCAUAUUAUAGCUAUGUAAUACAUAGAUGCAAUACCUCAUCUUUACAUUGACCUAUCAUUUUUUUUAAAUCAAAAGAUUUGAUGUCAUGUUUUUAUUCUUUAACUGAAGGAACGUCUUGAAAAAAAGCAAAGGGGUGAACCAGAACAAGUUGAAGAUGUCCCACAGCUCUCCCAUAAGGACUUGGAAAUGGCUGAGAAAGUGUCCAAAUAUAAUGUAAGUGGUGAUUAGUCACUGUUCUUGAUUUCCACAUCAGUUUUUCACAUCAGUGUCGAAUACCCAAGUGCCCACUUGUAACUCACCCCUCUCGUCUCUAAUCAGGAGUCAAAACGCGCACAGUCUCUGAUGAGUUUGCACACCAAGACAAUGAAGGAAAAGGCGAAAGAGAAGGCUGACAAACCCGUGGAGAGGAGGCCAUUCGAUCGGGACGAAGACCUGCAGGUCAAUCGCUUUGACGAAGCACAAAAGCAGCGCCUACUGAAGAAAUCUCAGGAACUGAACACACGGUUCUCCCACAGCAGAGACAAGAUGUUCUUGUGAGAAACUGUCGUGCUGCGUCUAUCUGGCUGAACAAAACUGGUCUGAUUCUUUAAGUGUCAGAAAUGUUAUUGAGAGUGGAUUUUCCAGAAAACACUAUGUCAUUUAAAGCCAUUUAUACAGAUGAUAUAGAGAGAAAUAACAAAAACAUGACAUUAUUUUUCCUUUAUUUAGAAAAGCUGUCCUCAGUUUGGGAGGACAGCUUUUGAGCUUUAUAUGUCAGCUGUUAUUUUAGUUAAUAUCGAUCCUGUUAGUCACAAAAAAAAAAAAAAAAAAAAAAAUUAUGUCUUCAGUUGAAAUCAUUUAGGGAUUAUACAACCCAUAAUAAAAUUUCCGAGUAUACAUAAAAUUAGUAUUAUAAUGAUUGUAACUUUAAAAAUUGUUAGACAACGCCCAAGUCUUUAUUUUUCAACUAGAAAGGAUAAAUAAAUGCUUGUGGUGUCUUCAUUGCUUGGUUAGGUCAUCUCCUUUCCACAUUUGAAGUUAUGAUCUAUACGUUUUUUAAUAGUUCUGCAGAAAUAAAGCCCAAAAUUUAGCCUAAUAAUAUUUUAAUAGACCUAUGAGGAUUGAAUGAAAAUAUCAAAACCUUUUGUACAAAUUGCUGUAAAGUACACACGCAGGGAUUACCUCUCUCUCUUUCAUGUCCUGUAUGCCUCUUUGUGUUUUCUUUUACGUUGAUUAAACUUUCUUUUUUGAAACUGA